AGGGGAGAACACGUGGAGAAGAGGAGACGCUCGUUUUGCUCCCCCUCCUCUCUGGUGGAGGUUAGCUGGAUCAGAAGCAGCAGCUGCUCCAUCGGAGGCUUUUAUGUUGAAAACCCCAAACAGGAAGUAUCUUGUAGCGUGUUAGCUCCUGGCUAAGCUCCGUGACGUUCUAACAAGGUUCUAGCAAGGUUCUCCAGGAUGCUGGGGGAUCUGGAGCGGACCCCCCGGACUCUGCUGGUCUGUGACCGGUCCAGUUUCCUGGAGGAGAAGAACCGGCUGAGUGCUCAGGUGGAGCAGCUGCACUUCAGCUACAAGGUGUCCCUGCUGCUGCCUGAGUGUAGCUCCGCCCCCUCUCACCUGGAAACUGUAUUUAACAGUAUCAACAGUUAUUACCUGAUCAGGAAGCUGCCCAUACACGAGCUACUGGAAAAACACUUCCUGGAGACCGCCGUGCACCAAGGAGGAGUCUCCGGUCUAUCCUACGGGACCAGGAUAGACCAGGACAACUGUGUCGCUCUGAUGCCAAACGGUCACCUGUCUCUCUCUCUGGAUAAAGACUCCUUUGAGUUGUUGGGAGUUGAGGGGAAACCUUCGAGGUUCAACCAUCGAACAAACAGCAGAUUCGUAGUGUCUGUCGAUUUGACUGACAGCAGCAUGGCUCCUGGUGGGCGGGGCUACCAGAGACUCGUCACAGGUCUGAGGUCACGACUUCAACUGAAGACAGACUUCCUGCUGUCACAUCCAGGGGGCGGAGCCUCUCUGCAGGCCCUCCUGUCUCGUUACGAUUGGUCGGAGCACAGACCUGAGAUCAGCAGCCACACCCUGACAGACCUGUCCUGCCCCCUGCUGACCUCUGACCUGCAGUCAUGUGACCCUCACCGCCUCCUGGAGUGGCUCGGCGCCGUGGACGCCCACAUCAGCCUCGAGAACUCAUCAAGCAGCUUCCUGUCCUCACUGGUCUGUCCUGAGCCGAAGACCAGGAUGAGUCAGGCUCUGAGUGUCUCCGUCUGCGGACUGCUGCGUCCUCCAGACGUCCACCGACUCAUCCAGCAGAUCAGGUGUUACCUGGAGGAGCCUCGGGUGGAGUCCUGGGUGUCGCUGACUGUUCAUGGUUUUGUUGAUAGUCCAGUAUCGUGGGGGGGCGAAGAACACGGAGUCCUGAGAGGAGGAGAGAACUUCUACAGUCUGCUGAUGUUCCAUGACCACACCUACCAUCUACACCUGGCUACAGGAGCACACGACACCUGUCCUCCCUGAUCUCACCAGGUCUCAUUAUUUGAUAAAACGUCUCGUUAUUUGUUUUUGUUCUAAUCGUAAAAAAACUACAAUAUUUUAUUUGAUGUGCAAAUAAAUAUAACGUUAAAGAAAAUUCCAGUUUUUUAUGAACCUUUUUUUUAAUUCGUCAGCUGAUUUUUAAAUGUUCGAUAGCUCUGACGUUCUGAGGUGACAUCACUGCUUGAAGCAGGAUGUGAUUGGCUGCAUUGAAAUCAAGGCCGUUUCCCAAUACCAAGUAUGGUCAAGUGUGGACUUGCAAACUUGCAAGUUCAGACUUGGAUAGUUCGACUCGGGAGUACAAACUCCCGAGGACGGGAGGACGCAGUACGGUCAUUUUGCAAUUGGAACAGCAGCGAACUUGAUGACGUCACCAACUCAGCUCGUCGGUCCCGCCUACUCCGGUUAUCUUCAGUCAUAUAUAUUGACAAUAAAACGAAAUAUGAUAUAAAACACAACCCUGCCUUUUUUCGUUUUCAUUUAGAAAAUAUUAAAAUAUUAAUAUGUAUAUGUUUUGUGUUACAUCUGCAACCACAACC